GUCACUUGCAUACAGCAGGUCUCCAACAUGGGCAACUGGAUUGUAAAUGAAGGCCUCUCCAUCGCUGUUAUUAUUGUCUGGCUUGCCCUAAAUGGUUACCUGUUUUGGAAUUUUUACCUUGUCUAUGACGAGGGCGAAGCAUACUUCUAUUCUAGAAAACUUUAUGGGUCCGCCCUUGCCUGGGCAAGAGCUCCAGCAGCCUGCCUGAACUUCAACUGCCUGCUUAUCCUUCUACCAGUGUGUCGAAAUCUACUCUCUUUUCUGAGAGGGUCAAGUGCGUGUUGUGGUAGAAGCCUUAGACGCCAGCUGGAUAGAAACCUUACCUUUCAUAAGAUGGUGGCUUGGAUGAUUGCACUUCACACAGCUAUCCAUACAGGGGCGCACUUGUUUAAUGUGGAAAGACUGGUGGACGCACGUGUGGAGGCAAACGGAACCAUCCAGGCAGCUCUCACAUCGCUCGGUGACAGAGAUGGAGAAUCAUACCUAAAUUUUGUUCGAUCUAGAGUACCAAACCCAAUAGGAGGAAUUAAUGUGGCUUUCACCUUUCUGGCUGGGCUCACUGGGGUUGUGAUAACUCUUGCACUGAUCUUAAUAAUUACAUCCUCGACAAAGACUAUUCGCAGAUCAUAUUUUGAAGUAUUCUGGUAUACACAUCACCUGUUUGUUGUCUUCUUCAUUGGUCUAGUCAUACAUGGUGUUGGGCGAAUAGUGCGAGGCCAAACAGCUGCCAGUCGAGAGAAGCAUAAUCCAAGAGAUUGUGAAUAUAAUUUCACUGAGUGGGGCAACAAUACCUCGUGUCCUAUCCCCCAGUUUGCAGGAAAUCCACCAGGGACAUGGCAAUGGGUGAUAGCUCCCAUGGUCCUGUAUGUGUUUGAAAGAUUGGUCCGAUUUUGGAGAUCUCAGCAGAAAGUUGUCAUCACAAAGGUUGUAACACACCCAUUCAAAACCAUUGAAUUGCAAAUGAAAAUGAAGGGGUUCAAAAUGGAAGUUGGACAGUAUAUCUCUGUCCAGUGUCCAGCAGUGUCCAGAUUGGAAUGGCAUCCUUUUACUUUGACUUCUGCCCCAGAAGAAGAUUUUUUCAGCAUCCACAUUAGAAUAGUUGGAGACUGGACAGAAGGUUUGUUUAAAGCCUGUGGAUGUGACAAGACUGAAUUUCAAGACGCAUGGAAAAUGCCAAAGAUUGCAGUUGAUGGUCCCUUUGGAACUGCCAGUGAGGAUGUUUUUAGCUAUGAGGUUGCAAUGCUGGUGGGAGCUGGUAUUGGAGUUACUCCCUUUGCUUCUGUUCUGAAGUCAGUCUGGUAUAAAUAUGUCAAUGACGCGUCAACCCUCAGGCUGAAAAAGAUCUACUUCUACUGGCUGUGCAGAGAUACACAAGCUUUCGAGUGGUUUGCGGAUUUACUUCAGUCUCUGGAAACCCAAAUGCAAGAGAGAGAUAAUGCUAAUUUCCUUGUCUAUAACAUCUACCUCACUGGCUGGGAUGAGUCACAGGCCACUGCCUUCUCUUUGCACCAUGACGAAGAGAAAGAUGUGAUUACAGGUCUUAAGCAAAAAACCUUGUAUGGCAGACCAAACUGGGAAAAUGAGUUUAAAACCAUUGCUAAUCAACACCAAAGUUCCAGAGUCGGUGUUUUCCUCUGCGGCCCGGAAAGCCUUGCUGAGACUCUGAGCAAGCAGUCUAUUGCAAACUCCAGUGUGGACCCCAGAGGAGUUCAUUUCAUCUUCAACAAAGAGAACUUCUAACUUUGGAAACCAAAUACUUCAAUAUAUAUUCCACAUUUAUUUUCUGCUUUGUCAUAGUUUUUGCUUUGCCCUGUUGUUUCUCUUGAACAUUUACCAUUUGUAAAUAAAUGAUCUGGAUGUAUUA